AUGCUGGUGGAGUGGUGGAGGAGCUCCCAGAAGCGGAGCGAAACCAACAGAAAGAGCCUAGAGUGGUCGCAGAUGAAAGAUGUCUCGGAGCUCUCUGCAGCCUGCAAUCGUACCUCUACUGAGACAAUUUUCGGGGUUCGCACCAUGGUGACCUUCAGCGGCCUCGAUUCGGCGACCCAUGUCAUGACCUACGAAGUCUUCAGCCGCCAGAAGAAGGUGCUCCACUGCCUGCAGGCGCUGAGACAGUUGUGGGAGCUGGGUGGAGAGGACAAGUUCUACUACAAGUUGGUGGCUCCGCUGACGCACUUCUGCUUCGUCAUGGACUUGGAGAAGGACGUGCCGGAGCAGAUUUGCAAAGAAGUGGUGCUCCCUGAGAUCGCCGUGAUCCUGGGCGGCGAAGGUGCCACACCUUUCACCUCGGUGGCGCAGAUGAGAGAGGCGGCUUCCAAGGUGGUCGACCAGGUGGAAGUGCGGAUCAAGGGAGCAUCCGACAUCUUCCUAGUGGAGGUGCUCUAUGGCCUGAAAUGCCUGAAGGCCGCUGGAAGAGAUAGAGCAGCACUGCUGGAGGCCUGGAAGCCUCAGGGCGUGAUGUGCCUGAAGGAGAGCAGGAAACUGCUCGCCUACCUGGAGAAAGAGUUCGGCAAGGACUCUCCGGCGUGGACCAAGUUGCAGAAGCGGUGCACGGAGUUUUUCCCCUUGAUGGUCAUUUCCUGA